UGUCCGCUCGGCGGGCGGUGCCCGGACGCAGGUGCCGGCCGGAGCGGAGCAAGCAGCUGCUGACGGGCCGGGCCGGGCCGGGACCCGGGCCAGGGAGAACCGAGGGGCCUGCGCGGCCGCCCGGCCCGGCCGCGAAUCAGGUCUCUGGUAGCCCACUUGAUCUCCAGCUCUUUCUGCAGCCUGAUCCUCCUGUCUCGAUGUCUAGAGUGCUGGAAUCACAGACAGGGUUUCUCUCUGUAGCUUUGGAGUCUGUCCUGGAACUCACUCUGUAGACCAGUCUCUCUUUUCCUGAUUACAAAUGUGACAUGACGAAUGGCCGCCAGCUCUUGCUGCUGUGACUUCCCUGAAAUGACGUACUGGAACCUGGAACGUUGAACUAAAGCUCCUGGGACCAUGGGCCUCAGGCCCUGAGGACAGGAGGCUCCCUGUGGCCAUGACGACAGGUGACUGCUGCCACCUCCCUGGCUCCCUAUGCGACUGCUCUGGCAGCCCUGCCUUCUCCAAGGUUGUGGAGGCCACAGGCCUUGGACCACCCCAAUAUGUCGCACAGGUGACUUCAAGAGAUGGCCGACUGCUCUCAACUGUCAUCCGGGCUUUGGAAACACCAAGUGACUGUCCCUUCUGCCGAAUCUGCCACGAAGGAGCGAAUGGGGAGAGCUUGCUGUCCCCAUGUGGCUGCACUGGCACGCUGGGAGCUGUGCACAAGAGCUGCCUGGAGAAAUGGCUGUCCUCCUCCAACACCAGCUACUGCGAGCUGUGCCACACCGAGUUUGCAGUUGAAAAGCGGCCCCGACCUCUCACAGAGUGGCUGAAGGACCCGGGGCCUCGCACCGAGAAGCGGACGCUGUGCUGUGACAUGGUGUGCUUUGUGCUCAUCACACCGCUGGCCGCCGUCUCAGGCUGGCUAUGCCUCCGAGGGGCCCAGGACCACCUCCGUCUGCACAGCCGCCUGGAGGCUGUGGGGCUCAUUGCCCUCACCAUCGCCCUCUUUACCAUCUAUGUGCUCUGGACACUGGUCUCUUUCCGAUACCACUGCCAGCUGUACUCAGAAUGGAGGAAGACCAAUCAGAAAGUCCGCCUGAAGAUUCGGGAAGCAGAUGGCUCCGAGGACCCCCACCACUCCCUGCUGGCCGCUGGACUCCUAAAAAAGGUGGCAGAGGAGACCCCUGUGUGAAGCCCCGGAUGGUGGGGCCCUGAGGUAGUGGAAGGCCAGCGGCAGAUGACAGUGCCCUGUGUGGAAGGAUGGAAACUGCCUGACCUUUCAUGCGCAGCCGCGACGCUUCUCAGGCCAAGAGGCACAGCAAGCGGAGCCUGCUAUGUGCUCCUGCGUGAACAUGUUCUCAAGGGUUUUGUUUUACACAUUGUUGUACACGACAAGGACACAUGGACAAACCCUAGCUUUGGAUGGAGCAGGCACCCUUGUCUCAUUCUGAGAUCCGUUUGACACUUCCUUGGCCAGCAGCUUUGGCUGCUUGCAUCAGGGUGCCCGUUGGGCUAGAAGGUUCCAGCAAGCUUCUUGCACUACUCUGCACCUGGCCGGCUUGCUUUAUUGGCACUCUUGACUUUAUAAAGUUGCACUGCAUUUCAAAAACCCAUCCCUGAAUGAAUAAAAGGAGCCCUUUGCUGGCUAA